AGAUGGAUUCGGAUCUGAGCAAGCUUUGUAUCGGCAGGAAUUCAUGGGAGACGUCGGAGGACAAUCUGAAGGAGUACUUCGGCAACUACCGCAACGUUUUGCAGACGGUGGUUAUGAGAGACAGGAUCACUCAAAGGCCCAGAGGUUUUGGGUUUGUGGUCUUUGUCGAUCCUGCUGUUCUUUAACUUGAUCUUUUGGUGAAAGGUAUGGCUUAUCGGAUCGGCUACAGAAAGCACAAGUACUGCUUAGAUAAUUUGAAGGAUUUGCUGAGGUUCUUGAGGCGCGAUGAUCCGCAGAACCAGGAUGUUUUCAAGGAAGUAUGCAAGUGGAAUAUUGUAUCUAAGGAUUUGAUACCUAUUAUUGAGCACUGCCAAGAUGAUCGUAGCUUGGUUUUAAAUGCAGUGAAGGUUCUGGUGUUCUUAACUAUGCCAGUUGAGCCUACAGCAAAUGACAUUUUACAACAAAUUGAAUUUCUAUGGGAGUUGAAGUCUUCAAUUAUGUCUAGUGACAUUGUUGUGGUUAUAGUAUCGCUUCAAUUACGUCUUCAAGUUUUUUUCUUCGUUGUUAAUUAAAAUAGUGUAACAAGUGCAAAUUGAAUUAACAUUUUUCCUUUUCUUUCUUUAUAUUCCUAACUAGUUAUGCAAUAGGUAAUUGCUGUUUUCUGAUGUUAAGCUAGAGUUUUUAUUAUAUUCUUCUUUAAUGCCAGCUAUGCCUUUAGGGUUGGUUCUAAGGAAGUUGUCAAGGGAAGACCUACUGCUGCUUCUUGUAAUACCCUACAGCGUGCUACCGAAACCUCCCCGAUUCGAACCAGACAUUGAUCUAGAAGUCCGG